AUGACUCAGAGUAUCAAGCGGCUCAUCAAGAGCAGCACCAGCAGCACCAGCAGCACCAGCAGUGAGAGCGACGUUAAAGGUGGCGGAUGCAGACAUGAGGCCUCCGACAUAUUCGACGCUACCGCUGCCUCGUCCUUGUCAGCCGCCACCACCUCAACGUCCAUCAAGGAACCGAAAGGGGUCCGGGAGCCCAGCGUUUUCCCUGCUGCUGGCGCUCCAGCUUCGACUGGUGAGAGUCUCAAUCAGACGGGCCAGAUAACGUCCGAUGAUAUGGUCACCCAGCCGGGCCAAACGAAGGCCGACGAUAAUGCCACUGGGGUGGACGGGAGGGUGGUGGGUUCGGAGGGGGCUCCAGGGGCGUCGGCAGAGGGCGGGAUGUGCGGUCAGGUGGCCGCAGAGCAUUCUGAGGAGAUGAAGGAUGGUGGCGAGGCGGAGGGCCUCUCGGAGGAGAAUGCCGAGGUGGCGGUGGGGGGUGGUUCUAGUACAGGACCAGAGGCAGAGUUGUCGCGGAGCGUGGCGGAGUUGGAGGUUGAAGAUGACGGUGAAAGCACUGUGGGGCUGAACAAGAAGAGGGUCACUGACUCCACGGCGCGUCGUCAAGCCGGAACGAGGUCCUCUCGCUCGGAUGGCGCGAGCACUAGGCAAGAAGCAUGGCACAACCUAAGAUUUAAACAGUAUCGGCUGAACCAAUCUCAAUAUCGGAACAUGCGGAUGUUUACAAAGGUCCACACGUGUUGGCGGCCCUCACUAUCGUCAUCUGUGAGCGUUUCGUAUCGACCAAAUUAUCUCCAAUGCUUGUCAUUGGAGCUGAACAAGGCGUGCCGACGCGUAUCGACUUUUAUCGUGACAGUCGGUGAAAGUUGCAUGCCGCUGGAUCGCCUGGCGCGCAACGAAGUACGAGUGCGCCCGGCUACGGCAGGAAACACGAUGACUGCGCCAGGCGUCAUGCCAACGGCAAGAGUAUCACGAAUCCGACCAUGCAGUCUGUGGCGGUGCCUGGCCCUGGACGUGCUCGGACAGAGUGAAGUUGACUUCGCUUGCGUUCGUUACCUGGGAACCGUUCCGCCGAUAGACUAUUCGGAGCCUCCGUUGGAUGGGGUUGAGUUGCCGGCGUCCCUUGAGCACCUGGAGAUUGGGGAAAUGCGUAUGCCCGCAAUCGCUCGAGUCAAAUGGCCGGCGACCCUCAAGCACCUCCAAAUCGGAAGCGUUUUCUCCUGGAUUCCCGUCGGGAUCGCCGAAUUCUCGUGGCCGUCUUCUCUUCAGCGGGUCCAGUUGUUUCAGUUGUUCCUGCAACAACCCCCUUACAGGGGAUGUGUUGCCGCCCUCGGCGCGUUUGUGAUUGGUAUUCUACAAGUCGAUGGAUGA